UUGUGGCCAGUAGAUUAGAGUAGCGUGUAGAAGAGUCGGCAAGAUAUGUCUUUAGCCUUUGGUAAUGCUGUUUGUGUGUAUUAUGUAGUGUCGCUUUGAGACAAGCCAGUCGAAACAAAGACCUUCCAAUCGGGUUGAAAUCCUGUUACACGUACGUUGAUGUACCAAAGUACGUGAUUCAAGUCAACGGCAUCUCGAGUCGUAUCUGUCUCUAGGACGUUGACCCCGUCGAAGGUUAUUGGAAGUUUCAUUCAUUGAAACUGCGAUAGAAUCGUCUGCAAAAGAACCACUUGAAACAUGCCCCGUCAGGAGGCAGAACUUGCCACGAUACGAAGCAAGGUUGCAAGAAGACGCCGCGAGCGCAGACACACUGACAGUGACGAAGAAAGCUCCGAAGGAUCAGCAGAUUCCGAAAACGCUCUCCGAAAUCAGCGAAACAAGAAAAAAAGACGAAAGCCACGACUUACAGGACUAAGUAAGCAACGGCAAGCUGCAAACGCCAGAGAAAGAAACAGAACACACAGUGUGAACGCUGCAUUCAGUGCGUUAAGAUUACUAAUCCCCACAGAACCAUCUGACAGGAAACUAUCUAAGAUAGAGACUUUAAGGCUUGCUUCUAGUUAUAUAGCACAUCUUGGGACCAUCUUAAUAAGUGGAACACAGUGCCCUAACGUACCUACAUCUAUGGACGCCGGUUGUAGUAUUUCACCAAAUGCAUCGAGGAGAGUUUGUACGUUUUGCUUGAGUUUGUUAAAAGUGCGUUACUCAUGAAAAUUACUCUCCUUGGCCUCAGCGAAAGGACUCGAUAGUAAAAUUGAAUCACAUUCUAUCGGAUGUCACAGACAGUCAUAGAACGAGUAUCAUCUCCGCCGGAGUUGAAGAUCUCACACUUUGAAAUAUUCGAACCAAGUUCCAUACAUCCGUUAAUCGUUGCAAAAUUGCUCCUCAAAAGGAAAAGCCCAAUAUUAUAAUUGGUUUUUUUUUAAAUUAUAUUUUUCUUAGUUUUUUUUAAAAACUUUUGCGAAGUUCAAAGGAAGAGUAAGUAAUGAUCCCGUGGUGCACAGAAUUGCCGAGCUGAAUUUGUGAUCGUGACUAGUACUUUGUAUCUCACGUUACCAUCUUCGUUCCCAUAAUCCUUUGCGCUGUGACCGUCGUUACCAGUCUUUCUUCAACCUUCGGAAAGGCAAAUAUCUGUCAUUCGUGUAAGGUAAUGUUAGUACUUCUUGUUAUAUAUUUUACUCACUAUUUCGCGUCUUGUUGGCCAAAAGCUCUCAGCCAAUCUCAUGCAGUAGCGUGUAACCUCGACAAGGGCUGUAACGCUAUAACGGCAUGUUGUGUUGAUAAAAUCCCGAAUUUUUUAAAAUAGAGGAUUAGGGGAGGAAGGUGGUUUCCCCUCCGCGGUGACUGUUCUAGGUACUAGAUAAGAUAUCUYGCUGCAUUUACGAUUCCUGGGACACUUGAAAGAACACUUGAGCUCAGGCACUUGGUUGCUAUGACGUCGAGAAUAGUAAAACUGAUUAUGUUGUCCCAUUCAUUCCCAAUAGGCCGUCUAGAUUCCAAAGCCGUCAAUAGACCUUUUUACCGAUACGGCGGCCAUUUUGAAUUCUAUUGUUUACAUCAAGACAUUAUGCGAUGGGACAACUAUUGAAAAAAUUAUAUAUAGGCUGCACAGCUGGCAGGGUGUCUUUUCAUACGACUUUACGCUUUUCAAUGAGAAGCACAUCUCAAAUGAAUUGAAUUUGCUGAUAGUUGGAAAAAUAUGCAGAACUCCAAGACUUCAAAUAAUUUGAGAACGUAACCCCGCCACUCUAUGCUGUAUCAAUGUUCUACUUGUUUGCUCCCUCGGCAUCCCAUGAUUCAAGAUGGCCGCCGUAUCAGUAAAAAGGUCUAUUGAGAAGCCUUAUAGCUGAGGAAUAACACUUUUCAAGAAAGUGCUUUGAACCCGAACUGAACCAAAGUCUGCCAUAGUACCUGUGAAAUAUUGAAAUAUUGUCAUUCAUUAGCCAUUCGAAGAAGGUUGAGGGAAAAUCUUGGUCGAAUUCGCAUUGCUGUGCAUAUUUUGACUGUUUUGAGGGGACAUAUUUCCAAGAUGGCGUCUAUUUCGUUCCCUAAAACAGUCCCAAAAUGCACUGCAAUGCCAACUCGACCCAGUUCUUCCCUCAACCUCGGAAUGGCUAAAAGGUUUAAAAUAGCUCGAUUCGCAAAAUACCUUUUCAGCUUGGGCUUAAUGUUUUCCCACUUCAUGUCAUUCCCUUAGCAGAGUAACCUUUCUUUGUUUAACGGCAGCGCACGAGCAGAGACGUGAAUGUCGACACAUCUCAAACAAAGAAUCUUUUCAUCAAUAGAAUAAUUAGUCUGAAAUGGGAAAAAUUAAGUCCACAAAAAAAUGGUUUAUUCUGCACAGCCGCAUAAAUGGACAUCGACGCUUUUUUUAAUGUUAUUCUCUUCAUGGCUGAUCCUUAUCUGGCGGACCUUUUACCGCACAGGCAGAAAAAAACUUCACCCCCUAAAUCUUUGUUUGAGUUGCAUUUGUUUUAUAUCUUUUUGCUCAUCGCUGGUUAAGAAGGAAAUAAUACUAAAUACUUGCUUAUGAGAAUGACAUACAGAAUUGAACAGAAACAUUAACCUCAAAGUGAAAGAAAACUUGAGUCGUUCUUA